CUAGUCAGGAAGCAUUGCUGAGGCCAUGUGACCACUCUCCCCGCCCCCUGUACUGUGUGUGUAUGUUUGGGAGCAGCAGCAGUAUCCGCGGCGCCUCCCGGGCACUCGAUUUUGCUUGCACAGGGCAUGGCAGGUGGAUAUGGAGUGAUGGCGGAUGAUGGUACCAUUGACUACUCUGUGCACGAGGCCUGGAACGAAGCCACCAAUGUCUAUUUGAUAGUGAUUCUUGUGAGCUUUGGCCUCUUCAUGUACGCUAGAAAGAACAAACGGAAGAUCAUGCGGAUUUUCACAGUGCCGCCAACCGUGGAAACUGCAUCACAGCCUAAUUUCUAUGAUGACAUAAAGAAGAUUCGCCUUCGUCAGCAGUUGGAAAUGUAUUAUAUUGCACGGAAACAUGAUCAACAUAGUGAAAGUGACAGUGUUCAGCUCACUGUGGAGUGACCAGGGCAUUAUGGGGAGCAGAUGAUUAGAGACCAGCUAUUACAGCAGUGGUUUGCCGACAUCCAAGAAACUGGUGGCCCCAAACACCAGUUCCCGUUGUAUUUCAACAGACUGAUAUGAUGCAAAAAAGGACUAUUAUGUGUAUAUACAAGAUAUGAAAUGUGUAUGUACUGUACAAAAUAUGAAAUAUACAGUAUCACUUUGCAUUUCCUAGCACAAAUUGAUUAAAGUUCUUGCAUCAACUUGGA